AUGGCCCCAUCAAUGAAGCCAGUCCGUCCAGCCGUUUCUGCCGGCAAGGGCAACAUUAUGCCACCAACGUGGGCGGUCCAAGCCUCCAAGACCAACACACCAGCCACAUUUACCAGGCCAGUCCGGCCGGUACCAAGAUCUGCCGGGAAGGGCAUGCUAAGCCCACCAAACUGGGCCAAAACUCCGGAAUCCCCAAAACCAUUCACGUCUACAGAAGUGCCAGCCCAACCAACCGUUUUUGUAAGGCCAGUCCGGCCAGCCGUUUCUGCUGGCAAAGGCAACAUUAUGCCACCAACGUGGGCCGUCCCUACCUUCACAGCCGUUGCACCGGCCACCUUCACUAGGCUAGUACGGCCAGUACCACGAUCGGCCGAAAAGGGCGUGCUAAGCCCGCCGAAAUCAACCACAACUCCGGAAUCCCCUCGACCAUCCAAGUCAGAAGAGAUGCCAGUCCAAUCAAUCGUCUUUACAAGGCCAGUCCGGCCAGUACCACGGUCAGCUGGCAAAGGAAUGUUGCUACCGCCAACAGAAAACAACGAAACUGAUAAUGUAGCCAAGCCAGCCCAAGACAGGACAUUACAAAUAAAAGAAGAAGCUUCAGAAGAACCAAGCCAGCCUCGUCUUUUAAUGAAGAUUAAAAAACGGGACUGGAAGGCAGCUAAAAAAGCCGUUAAAAAAGAAAAGACAAAGCAGUCUAAACUGAAAGGCGUGGCGAAGAACAAGGUACAGAAGAAGACAAGACGGUCAAAGGCCUAA